AUGGCUGAGCAGCCCUUCACAGAGAUGACCCUCCCAGCCCAGGUGAUGGCUGCAGACAACACUGAAGCGCCCCCACUCCGUGCUGUGCGCCGUGGCUCCCAGCCCCCAGCCUGGGGCUCCGAGGAAGGAAAACCACUCCUGCUCUCACGCCGCAACUCUAUCCUCAGCCGCCGCAGCUCAUUUGGGGUGGUCCCUGGAAGCAGGCGCCCCUCCAUUGGCCCCUGGAUGCUCCACAGCCGUGUCAGCUUCUCUGGGCUCCCACUUUUCCAGCCCAUCCUCAAGGCCUGCCUAGAAAAUACUUACAGGAUGCAGCCAGAUGAAGGCUGUAAGUUCAAUGCGGAGCGGGUGCAGCAGGUGCUAGAGGGGGCCCUGGCGAGUGCACUGGGGACCACUGCCUACAGUCCCCAGGGCAGUGCCCCCCUAGUCCAGAGCCUGGUCGAGUUCCUACAGAGUCGGGCCAAGGAGGUGGUGCCACCCCGCUACAAGCUGGUCUGCCAUGUGGUGCUGGGUCAACAGGGCCAGCAGAGCCUGUUGGUAGCCAGCCGGGCACUAUGGGAUCCUGAGACUGACAGCUUUGCCUCUGCAACCUUCUCCAAUGCCUCCCUCUUUGCUGUGGCCACAGUGCACGGGCUCUACUUUGAGUAG